AUGACAGAAUUUCAAGGAAUAACAUUUGAAAAAUGGUUUGAAUUUUUUAUUCAGUUUAUGAUUAUGGCAACAAAAAAUGGACAUGGGUCAGAAGCAUAUGAUGUAGUUAUGUUACGGCAAAAUUCACAAAAAUAUCUUUUAAGACAAAUAAAAGCAAUGGAUUCAGGCAUUUCUGACAGUUCUCCAACGAAGCCUGAUGCUGGUUUGUUGACACUUUAUGGACAUAUUUUGGGAUGUUCAAGAAGUUAUAAUGGUGCUCUUGGGUAUUAUGCUCAAGCAGCACUUGUCAAACCAAAAGAUCCUCUUGUGUGUUUUUCUAUGGGUCUUGCAUAUUUGCAUCGUGCUAUGCAGAGAAAAACAAGGCAUGCAUUUCAUCAAUUAGGAUUAGCACAUUUAGCUAUACCACAUUAUGAAAAAGCACUUAAAUUACCAUCAGUAAAUCAAAUUUUGAAACAAAAAAUUGAUAAAAAAAAACAAUUAGAAACUGACGAAAACGAAGUUGAAAAUUUCGAAGAAAAUGAUCCUACAGAUAUUAGAAAAGAAGCUGUCUAUGAUUUAUAUUUAAAUUAUAUGGAAACAGGAUCUUCAGCUUUAGCUCAAAUGUUAUUAAAAAAAUAUUAUGCAAUAUAA